AUGGUUGAUAAGUACGCUUCGUGGGUACCAAGCUCUGGAGUGUUCCCUAAAGGUUUUAAAGUUGGGUCUAUUGCAACCAAUGUAAAGAAGAAUGGUGAGUUGGACCUAGGUAUUAUCUACAACACUCAUCAGCAUCCUCCAGAGUCGUCCUUAACUAGUACUGCGGCAGCUGUGUUCACCACUAAUAGGUUCCAAGCUGCUCCUAUACUGAUUUCCAAGCAUGUGUUGGAGGCAACUGGAGGUAAAGGUAUUGAUACUAUAGUGAUAAAUUCUGGUUGUGCUAAUGCUGUUACUGGUGAAGCCGGAAAUCAGGACGCUAAGGAGUUGGUUGAACACAUUAAUCGCAAAACCUCUAAAGCCAAUUCGACUUUGAUGAUGUCUACUGGGGUUAUUGGCCAAAGAUUAUCGGUUGAUAAAAUCUCCAACGGUAUUGAUAGAUUGUUUGAAGAAAACAAUGUGUCUUUUGGGGACGCUUUUGAAUCGUGGUUAAAUCUAGCUAAGGCUAUCACCACCACUGAUACCUUUCCCAAGUUAACCAGUGGCGAAUUUACUUUGUCUAAUGGUGUAAGUUAUCGUCUUGUUGGAGUAGCGAAAGGUGCAGGCAUGAUUUGCCCAAAUAUGGCAACCAUGCUUGGGUUUAUCGGUUGUGAUCUGCCUAUCGCAUCUUCAGCCUUGCAAAAUAUAGUGCGCUACGCUGUUGACAGGUCCUUUAACUGUAUCUCUGUUGAUGGGGAUAUGAGUACAAAUGAUACUGUAUACAUGGUCAGCAACGGUGCUGUUGAAACUGAUGUGAUUGAAGAAGGUAGUACCGAUUUCUACAAGGUCAGAGACCAGGUAGUUGCCUUCUCCCAGCAGCUAGCUAGGUUGAUUGUUAGGGAUGGGGAAGGCGCUACGAAGUUUGUAUCCAUCACAGUAAAGGAUGCUCUGACUUUCGAAGAUGCCAAGAUAAUUGCACGUAGUAUCUCUAAUUCUAUGCUUGUAAAAUGUGCACUAAAUGGAGGAGAUGCGAACUGGGGUAGGUUUUUGUGUGCGAUAGGUUACGCUCAGUUGCAAAAUGUGCAGUCUCUAGAUCUAGAGAAAAUAUCAGUGUCUUUAGUUGGAUCUGAAGAGGAAGAGCCUAGUAAGUUGGAUUUAGUGUUAAACGGUGUACCUGAGUUACAACUUGACGAAGAAAAAGCCACUGAACUAAUUACAAGAGACGACAUUAAAAUAAUGGUGUCGCUUGGCACUGGUGUUGAAGAGUGCACAUUUUGGACUUGCGAUCUCUCUCACGAAUAUAUUAACAUCAAUGCUGACUAUCGUACUUAA